UCUCGCACGGACACACACACACUCAUAUAUAAUAUUUAUGCAAACCAUAAGCGAAAGCAAAGAAAGUUGAACAGACUAAAAUAAAGGCCAGGAAGUUCAAGAAUUUCUGCUCUCAAUAUCUAUCAGAUUUGCACGCAAAUGGGUUGGUCUGAAUCACAACAAGGUUGCAAGAAGCACCCAGGUGAGAAGCAACUACCUGGGGUUUGUCCCUCUUGUCUAAGAGAAAGGUUGUCACAAAUUCAAGGUCAUUCAAUAAACAAGAAAACAUAUGGUGGUGUUGCUGAUUCUUAUUCUUCAUCACCAUCUGUUGCUUCUUCUUCGACCUUUGUGUCUCCAGUUUAUCGUCGACAUCAUCGUAGGCUUUCGGAAAGGACUGGGUCUAUUUCUUUUACGGUGAGUGUUAGUCAAGGCUUGAAGAAGAGCAAAUCAGUAGCUUUUGUUACGAGGAAUCGAGCAGAGGAGGUUGCGGGUAGUUUGAAGAAGAAAGGAGGGUUUUGGACGAAGCUGCUUAAGUCCACAGGGAAGAGGACCAAAGAGGCUUUCAUGCAGCCAAGAAUUGGAAGCCAAAGGUUGGAGUAAUAGUGGGAGGGAUUGUUCUAAUUAUAACAAAUGCUUUACGAAAAUAAAUUUGUAUAUAGUUUGUUUUUUUGGGUUUUGGUUUCGCUGUCUUUUAAUGGAAGACUACUCUUUUUUUUUUUUCCUCUUUCUUAAACAUGUUAGAUUUUUGUAGAGAUAGUUCAAACUUUUCAGAUAAUUGCUUUUUUAUAGUCAAACCAAUGCAUUGGUUUUCGGUAUAGAUGUUUGGUUUAAGAGGGGGAUUCAACCCUGUAUCUAUUAAUUGUGUUAAUUGAAACUCAAAUAUGCUGGUUAAUUAGGCCCAUAUCAAAGCUGAAUUUGAUCAAAUUUCUGGUUUGCACUAGGCCUGUAACAAGUGGAAUUAAGAGAUGCUUCUCUCUCUCUA